CGGAUCGGGUACAAUCGGCUUACAUCCUACUUUUAAAUUUCUUGUGGGAAGUCUUCUUGUUGACAAAAAAAAGUCCUGAAAUACUAUCUUCUUGAAUGGGUUGUUUACACUGAUUAUUCAUGUCCCAACAUUAUUAAUUAUCCAACAAACACCAAAUGAGUGAAUGAGCGUGUCGACAUGUUGUUACUCAUUCACCUUUUCAUUCUGGGCUUCUUCAAUUUUUCCACAACAACCGAAGCUACUGACCUUAACAGUAACUACUUGAAUCAUAGCUGUUCAAGCAACAAAACCUUCACUCCAAACAGUGCCUACCAAUCUAACCUCCAAACCCUCCUCGCAUCCCUAUCUUCUCACGCCACCACUGCACAAUUCUACAACACCACAGCGGGUGGUGGAGACGUCGGUGAAACCAUUUAUGGCUCCUUCAUGUGCCGUGGCGAUGUCACCAACCACACGUGCCAAGAAUGCUUUAAAACUGCAACCCAACAAAUAACCCUAAGGUGUCCCCACUCCAAAGAGGCCUUAAUUUGGUACCACGAAUGUUUGGUUCGCUAUUCCAACCGUUGUUUUUUCUCCACCGUGGAAGAGUGGCCUAGGUUUAGCUUCAUGGAUUAUAACGUAACGAGUUCAACAAAGGAAGAAGGAAGCUAUGGGUUCUGGUUGUUAUCCAAAACGUUGAGUGAUGCAGUGGGUGAGGCUGCGAAUGCUGGUCCUGCGGGCACCAUGAAAUUUGCAACAAAGAACGCAACCUUGUCUGGGGCCCAGGAAGUUUAUACUCUUGUUCAGUGCACGCCAGAUCUAUCAAGCCAAGAUUGCAGUAAGUGUUUGGGUGAUAUCAUGAGAGAUAUCCCCUUGUGUUGUCUUGGAAGGAUAGGAGGAAUGGUUCUAUAUCCAAGCUGCACUUUGAUGUUUGGGUUAAGACAUUUCUACAGAGACGUCGUUGCUCUUAUUGGUUCUAAUGGAACACAAGAAUCAGAACCUUCAGGUAAUGUUCUCCUGUCUCCACUUCUCCGGUCAAGAAAGAAUGAAAUAAAUUGUGACAAGAAAUCCUUUGCUAAAUGA